AUGUUAGAUACGAUUAUUCAGGCAAAGUUUCAACUUCACCUUGGUCGUCCAAGUGGCUAUAAUGCCAUCAGUAACACCAGAUUGUUGAGAACGACAAAUGAAGGUAACCGUUUUGUUGAUCACUUUGAUGUCACACCAAUUAUGUCUACAUAUCUAUUGGCCUUUUUAAUAUCCGAGUAUCAAGCUCAAGGCGAUAUCAGUAAAUUUGCUAUUUUUACACAGCCGGAUUAUUAUAAUUACACCGGAUUCAGUUACGGAAUUGGAGUACGCGUGACAGAUGCCUACAAUGAACUAUUUGAAAUGCCCUACAACCAACUUGGAAAUGAAGUUUUGCGAUUUGCGACUGCGCCUUGGAUCGAUGAGAUGGCAACGGAGAAUUGGGGCCUUAUCAUUUUUAGAAUGCUUGUACAUAAGCCUGGCUACACGGACUACUACAAGAACAAAGAAUUCACAUGUCGUGCGAUCGGAAAAGAAGUUGCUCACAUGUGGUUUGGUAACAGUGUUACUUUAUCUUGGUGGAGUCACUAUUGGCUAAACGAAGGCUUUGCUCGAUAUUACGGGAUCAUUAUAGCUGAUGAGAACUGCCGCAGUUAUCACUUGGAUCAACAGUUUGUUGUGGAUAAUCUUCAAAGAAUCUUUGAAAAAGAUGCAGUAGCUGGAUCCUUGCCCCUAACCAGUCCCGAGAUGAAAGUACAAUCUCUCGCUGAUAUCAAUAAACAGACCGACGGCUUCAUACAGGAUAAGGGGGCAAGCAUUAUUCGGAUGUGGCGUAACUUAAUGGGAGGCGAGAACUUUAAGAUAUCCAUCGAUUCUUACUUGAAACAAUAUCAUUUAAAAAACACAAAUCCUAGCGAUUUGUUCGCUCAUCUCAAGCAAAACUGGCCAGCUCAGCCUGAAGUUGAUUUGGAUACGUUCUUUUCAGACUUCACUGAGCAGGUGGGCUACCCGAUGGUCAUUGUGAACAUCACCCAGGAUAACCAAAAAAUAAUCUUACACCAAAAACGUUUUCUAUAUAAUUACGAAGACGAUAGUGAUGCCACUUUACGUUACACCAUUCCAAUUACCUUCAAAACGAAUUUGGAUCGAAGCUUUUAUAAUGUGACACCUUACACAUACUUCAAAAAGAAUGAGACUACAGUUGAAAUUUCUUUUAAAAAUCCCAUUGAAUGGAUUAUCUUAAACCAAAAGCAAUCCAACUACUAUCGAGUUUUCUACGAUAAACCAAUUCUCACCCAAAUUAAACAAUUAUUUUUCACAUCUAGAAGCCGACGUAUCCCAGUAGAGAAUAAGGCGCAGAUAAUUGAUGAUCUAUUUCACUUUGCGAAAGCUGGAAUGAUCGAUUAUGCUGAUGUCUUUGAGUUUCUCGAAUUUUUAAGUACAGAAACCGAGUAUAUUCCCUGGCGCGCAGCCUACAACGGUAUUGAGAGAGUAGUUCGCCGAUUAACCCCGCAACAAUUACCCUAUUUUGAGAAAUAUCUUACAAAUAUUACAACUCUGGUUUUCUCUUUACAAGGCACAAAGUCAGCAAGAUAUGAAGGCAUAUUUACUAAGUACAAUCGAGAGAUGCACGUGAAAUGGCUUUGCAAAUACCAGAAUGUCAAUUGUAAUAACCAAGUGAAAUUUCUUUUUGAGGGGAAUAUUGGAAAACCAUCCCCAGAUUAUCGGGAAACAUUUUACUGUGCAGUUUCACGAACAACGGCUCAUGCUCGUCUCUGGCAUUUAUAUAAUAAUGAAACAGAUUCCGAUGAGAAGGAUCUUCUUUUGCGAGCUAUUAGCUGCUCAAGGGACUAUAGUACAUAUUUCAAACUCGAAUUGUUCCAUGUGAUACCACAUUAUAAAUGGACAAAUGAUUUGAUACAAAUCUAUAAACAUAAUCCAGAUUUAAUUGGUCCCAUAUUUUCUAUGAUAAGUGAGAAUAUCGAUGAGUUUGUUGCCAGAUUGGGCAAGUAUACGAUGAUCGAAUUUCUAAGUGAUAUGGUUGAUUAUUUUACGACGCGGGAGCAGGAAAAGCAUUUCACAAUCUUUUUGAACAAAAACAUUCAUAGAUUUGGUGAAUCGGCAGAAACUUUUAAAGAGACACUUCUGACAAAAAUACGGAAGAAUCUGGAAUGGGCAGAGCAGAGACUUGGCAAGCUAGGCAACUAUCUAGCAAAAAAUAAUUGAGCUAGUUGGAAAAUUUCAAUGGAGAUAAUAACAAAAACUUUAAUAUUAAAACAAUCUAUUGACAUUUGUAUAUGUAUAUUG